AUGGGGCGGCGGCUCCUCCGGGUGCUCCUUUGCCUCCUCCUGGCGGGCCGCGGGCUGCUGCGGGACGGCGGUGCUUCCGCCACAGCCGCGCACGGGUGCCUGUUUGACCGGAGGCUGUGCUCCCCCCAGGAGGUGUGCGUGCAGGAUGGGCUGUUUGGACAGUGCCAGGUGGGCUCCAUGCAGGACAGACCCUACUUCCAGGUCACCUCUCCUGUUCUCCAGCGCCUCCAGGAUGUCUUGCGGCAUCUCAUGGCACAAGGGCUCUCAUGGCAGGAUGGCGUUACCCAGUAUGUGAUCUCGCAGGAGAUGGAGCGCAUUCCCCGCCUCCACCCUCCACCCUCACUGGAGCCAGCAGCCAGGGACAGGUUCCAGCCCCUCCGCAGCUCCCCAUGGCGAGCCCUGCACCCGGGGGAUCCUGGCCUGCCAGCGGCUCAGCAUCUGGGGCAGCCCCCACCGCUGCUGCCCUCCCCUCUGGUGCAGCGGUACCUGGAGCACCUCCUGUUGCCCCCCACACCUCAGCUGAGCUAUGAGGAAGCUCUGCUCAACCCCUACUCAUACCACAAGUUUGGCUAUCAGGACAAUACUCACCAGCUCCCCAGCAGCUCAUCCAGGCAGAGCUCUGAGACCUCCUCACUGCUGAACCGAGUUCCCGCCCAGACCCUUUUUGGGGCUGGCCCUGUGCCCUCCUAUGGUGGGCAGCCAGGAACGGACGGGGGGCAUCUCUUCCAGGACUUGGGCAUACUUUCCCUGCCCAGAGAGAAAGCCAGCCGCCCAGACCCUGCCAGCACAAGGCUCCAGCAUGGCUCACGGCUCCCUGGUGACUACAGGGACCUGGAGGAGGGGGAGCAGCCUGCGACCCUGGCUGCCCAGCCCCCCCCUGCACAGACAGAUGCUGCCCUGAAGAGACUGUCCUCCCUUCUGACCAGCUAUGGUGUGGGACUGCCAGAGCUGAGCCCCCAGCAGCUGAGCAGCCUCUCCACCCUCCUCCAGCUGCUCCAGAGCUCUGGUGUUGCUGACCCUGAAGUGUCCCCAGCAAAACGAGUGGGUUUGCAGCAGGUUGGUGCUGGAGGAGGUGCCACGCUGCAGGUGAUGGAGGGAAACAUGCAGCAUGGAGAGGAGCCAAUAUCCCCUUCCAUCCCAGUGCUGCCCCCCCAAAUCCCAGCCAGCAGCUCCCCAGGGGACAGACUGAGGGACAGGGCAGCAUCCUCAGCAGUCCCCCAGGCCGAACCACAGCGGGGACAUGGUGGGGUUGCACUCAGCCCUGGGAAGCCAGUCAUGGUGGAGAAGAAGAGCUACACAGAGGCAAAGGAUGGUGGGGUACAGCGGGGCACACGGCCACCAGAUGAGUACGGCUACAUCAUCACAGACCAGAAGCCACUGGGGCUGGCUGCUGGCGUACGGCUGCUGGAGCUCCUUGCCAAGCACCUCCACCUCUCCACAGUCAGCUUCAUCAAUAUCAGUGUUGUGGGCCCCGCGCUCACUUUCCGCAUCCGGCAGAACCCCCAGAACCUCUCACUAGCAGAUGUGGCCAGUCAGGCUGAACAAGUGAAGGUAGAGCUGGAGGAAGAGCUGGGCCUGAAGAUUGUGCAAACAGGAGUGGGAGAGCGGAAUGAGGCUGCUGCCUACUCACGCCCAUCUCACUUUGGGGACGGCUUUCACUCGGUGUUGCUGACCUUCAUCGCCCUGGGCUGCGUGGCAGGCAUCGCCGUCGCAGCUGCCGCGGCCUUCUGCCUCCGGCGCCAUGCCAAGCAGCGGGAGAAGGAGCGCCUGGCUGCCCUGGGGCCUGAGGGUGCUGCUGACACCACCUUUGAGUACCAGGAGCUGUGCCGCCAGCACAUGGCUGCCAAGUCUCUCUUUGGCCGCACCGAGGCACCAGCUGAGACCUCGCGCGUCAGCAGCGUCUCAUCCCAGUUCAGCGAUGCGCCGCAGCCCAGUCCCAGUUCCCACAGCAGCACGCCUUCCUGGUGUGAAGAGCCAGUCCAGUCCAAUAUGGACAUCUCCACUGGGCACAUGAUCCUGGCCUAUAUGGAGGACCACCUCCGCAACCGGGACCGGUUGGCCAAGGAGUGGCAGGCUCUCUGCACCUACCAGGCUGAGCCCAGCAUCUGCUCCAUUGCCCAGAGUGAAGCCAAUCUAAAGAAGAACCGGAGUCCUGACUACGUGCCCUAUGACCAUGUGCGAAUCAAGCUAAAAGCAGAGAGCAACCCGUCCCGCAGUGACUUCAUCAAUGCCAGUCCAAUUAUUGAGCAUGACCCACGGAUGCCUGCAUACAUUGCGACACAGGGGCCGCUGUCCCACACCAUCGCAGACUUCUGGCAGAUGGUUUGGGAGCAUGGCUGCACUGUCAUUGUCAUGCUGAGCCCACUGGCCGAAGACAGCGUUAAGCAGUGUGACCGCUACUGGCCGGACGAAGGAUCCUCUCUCUACCACAUCUAUGAGGUGAACCUGGUGUCAGAGCACAUCUGGUGUGAGGAUUUCCUGGUGCGCAGCUUCUACCUGAAAAAUGUGCAGUCACAGGAGACCCGCACUUUGACGCAGUUCCACUUCCUCAGCUGGCCAGCUGAGGGCAUCCCCACCACCACCCGGCCGCUCCUUGACUUCCGCAGGAAGGUGAACAAGUGCUACCGGGGUCGCUCCUGCCCUAUUAUUGUGCACUGCAGUGAUGGCGCAGGCAGGACUGGGACAUACAUCCUUGUUGACAUGGUCCUGAACCGAAUGGCCAAAGGGGUGAAGGAGAUAGACAUAGCUGCUACGCUGGAGCACAUCCGAGACCAGCGGCCCGGCAUGGUGCAGACCAAGGACCAGUUUGAGUUUGCACUGACAGCCGUGGCUGAGGAAGUGAAUGCCAUCCUGAAGGCGCUGCCACAGUGA